UGGAACCAAUGUGCUAUGACGUCAACUUUAUGACCUCCCCUCUUUUGUUCCAUCCCUUGGGACAGUCGGUCUCGUGUAUACAACCUCUACCACCACGCCGCGGUCGUUUACCACCACCACUGUUGUAACGAGUCACUACUACUACUAGCUUCACCAUCGUCAUCGUCAUCGCCAUCACACCAUGAGUUUGGCGUUCGUCGAUCGUUUCGUACGUGUAGAAGAAAGAUGUGUUUUCGUUUCAUAACGUUAAGUGAGUGAAGAACGUAUGUUGGUGCAUUGAUUUCGAUAACGGGAGAAGAGGAAGGAGUUACUACGAACAAAGUACGGAAGAGACAAUUGGAACGAAGAAUUUCGUGACGAGUGAAGGCGGAUUAUAAGCUGGAUACGUUCCUUGGCAGUGACCGAGAGUAUCCUAGUAUCGUAUCGUCCGAAAAAAGUUUCUCUAAAAUUUUUGACUUGCCAUGGAUCAUCCGAAAAAAGAGAAGAAACACAAGGAGAAAAGAAGGUGAGUGAAUCGCAUGAAAAUUAAAACUCGAUGUACCCGUAUGGACAUUACGUUGCUUGAACCUCGAAUUUUCAUAAUUUUCACCAAAAAAUUCGAGUAUAUUGUUAAUUAUGUCAUUCUACCUUGUUUGAUCGCAUGAUUGUUCGUAGACACUGUUUAGAUGUUGGAAUUGACGAAGACCAAAGACAAAUUCAAUGUGUUGCGCGCGCGCAUGUCGCGUUCUAUAUGCGUGAGUGAGUGAGUGCGUGCGUGUUUGACGCAAUCGCGUUUCCUCCGAACGGUAGUCUCUCUCUCUCUUUCUGUUUCUCUCAGAACUCUUUCUAUUCUUCUUACACUCCUGAUAUUUUCUUCUCCCCACCCUUCUUUACAAGAUUACUUAUGCCUCUUCUCUCUAAUAAUCCGAUCUCUUUUCAUUUGCUCUCCAGCUGCGAUUGCAUAUAUGCAUCGUAAGCGAAACUAUGAAAGCAAAAAAAAAAAAAAAAAAAAAAAAAAAAAAAAUAAAAAAUAAAAAAUAAAAAAAUAUACGUACUAGAAAAUACAAUUAAAAAUUAUUUAUCAAAUUGAUUUAAAGUCGUAGAUUUACGUAGAUUGCCACGUUAUAUUAGGAAACCCGUAAUAAUACCUCGAAAAUCCGAGCGGGGAUUCAUCGAUUUCUCUUUUCUUGCGCUCAAAUGAAACGCCAUUUGAAUGAAUUUUGCGGUCAAGCAAAUCGUCAUCUAUUUGACAUAAAAUUCUUCUAAUAUCGAAUUCUUUUAGAAUAAUUUCACAUUCUUGUUUUAAAGGAAAGUUUUGUUAUUUUGUGUGCAUAUUACGUUGUAUUAUAUCGCGAUAAAAAAAUGAAUUACAAAGAUACAUAAAUCAUAUUCAAUAACUUCUUGUUUUUAUUUUUUCCACGUGUAUUCAUUCUAACGCAAGCUUCAUAUCUAUAUAUUAGGCUAGACAACGUAAUAAAAUUAUGAAAUAAAAAAGCAAAACAAAACAAUACCAUCCUAACCUGAAAAAGUACGCAAUUGUCAUAAAAAGUUAAUAUACACACACACACAUAUAUAUAUAUACAUAUUUAUAAAGUAUCAUACAUCACAAUGUUAAUACGUAUUUUCUCAUAGUUGUAGUUUUUAUAAAUUAUGAAAUUCCCGUUUAGAAGCAAUACACGUGUGCAAUAGAUAAAUUUCUAGAUCGAUGGUAAAAAUAGUCGCAUCGUUUUCUCGGAACCAUUAAAAUUCAGAUAAAUCAAGAACGCUAGUGUCACGCGCAUCAUGUAUGUUACUUUCAAGCUAGUCGCACAAUCAAGUGAACCACAUGGAGAUAAAGCGUUGGUACGCUUAUUUACAUGUAUGUCCGUCUCGUUUUCCAUAAAAUAUUCCACCCUGUUUAGAAACAUAUAUACACGUGUUAUUGACAUUUGUUUAACUUCCGAAACGAUCGAUUAACGGGAGUUUAAUGAAUAAAUUAAUUUCGAUCGACGAACGAUCAACGAUCCAAUUGUUUCUUAACAACCGCCAACAUAAAGAGCAAUAGUUAUCGUAUCUCGAUAUCAUUGCGACGUUCGAGGGAAACUCGUACGUAAAUUUGCACACAUAGUGUUUAACACGUAUAUAUUUGCCGCGAUGAACGUGGUAACGUUUUUUUACGUAUUACGUGAAUUCAUAAUGAUAGUUCGGUUGUUCGUAUAGCCCCAUUUGGAGGAAAAAGAGAACUCUCUCUGCUUCAGGCUAAACGUAGAUACGUAUUUCUCUUGUGCCAUGUGAUAGGGACACGUACACACAAAUAUGAUCGUGUCCGUUCGAUAUAUUCGGACGACGAGCAUAUAUAUAUAUAUAUAUAUGCGACCUUCUGAAAACUUUCUUUUUCCAAUUAGUCUUAUACAUUAACAGGUUGUUUAUACGUUCGACCAACUAUCAAAUCUUUAUUAUUUUUAGUUAAGCCUCUUAUCCGUUCAAUUUAGCGUCAUGUGAAUUUCGGGAAAAUUUUUUUAUAUGCCGGUACGAUGACCCGAAUAAUCAGUUAAAAUUCCUCGUAUCGAAAUCAUUAAUAGCAAUGAAAAAUAUCCACGUAGAACGUUUAUCCGUAUUUCUAUAUUAUUUCUUCGCUAUCGCGUAGUAUUGAGAUGAUUUAUAAAAAAAAAAAAAAAAUUCCCACGUGGAAAAUGAAAUUUCCUUCGAAUAUAUUCGAGUGUGAAAUUUUCUUUUCUUUUUUUCCCGUUUCUUUUAUUUUUUUUAUAAAUUUUUUAUAAAUCAUUUUAUUGCAAAGAUACAGACAAAAAAUACAGACAAGUAUCUCCGGAUAAGAUAGAGGCUGUUUGUUGCUCGUUUUCAAUCGUUCGUUAACCGACGAUCGGCGAUACUUAUUUCGAUCGAAAUGACGAGUAUAUCCAAAAAUUAAUUUCCAAUAUUUUUAUCAACACUUUACUACGUUUCGCGUUUUAGGUAUUCGAAAAAUGCAAUUCUUUAUCUAUUUCGAAGAUUGGAUCAUUAGUCCCGAUUGCCCUUUCGAAAUCUUUACACCCAGAGAAAUAUUCAAUACCUUGAAUAUUUCUCCAACGAUUACCAUGUAAAUCAUUAAAUCGGGCAAAGUUAUUCAGAAUCAAGUGCCGUUUCCGCAUUCACUCGCUUGAUUAUAGUUUCCUCGAUCAAGGCUGAUCGCCGUGGCGUAUCGGCGAUUGGCGCUUGAUACCCCUUCUCUAAAUAUACAGAUCUAUAGGCACGUAUGGAUUCAUUUAGCAUGUUGUAAAAUCGUGGAGAAUAUACAUACAUAUAUAUAUAAAUAUCUCUGAUUUCGAGAAAUAAGCUUGGAUUAUCGUUUGUAAUCGAUCAACCAACUAAGAAAUUGGAAUAAAAGAAUAUUUCCAUAUAUCUGUAUAUACACAUAGUUAUUCUACAGCAAUUAUCUCGUUACAUAGAAGGAUUCGUUCGAUAACGGUGGAAAAAAUUUUUACGCGAAAACUUGAGAUUUUUCGAUAGCGGGAAUAGCAGAUAGAGGAGACUAACGUAAUUGGAAGAUUAACUGUGAUUCGUCGGAGAAACGAAAUCCGGAGAGACUGGUCUAUCGUGUAUCGCGAUAGGUAGUAUCGUUAUCGCCGGAAGAUAGCCAUCGUUCCAAGUGUGCAAGACAACAAGGUUUUGUGUUCUCGGUUCUAGUAUCGCGCGAACCGUCGAGCCAGCGAAAAUUCGAUCCCGUUGCAACGAUUUCGAAGUGCGUUGGUCGGAUAGGCAGAAUGCCGCCUCGUGGCGAUCCCCGACGGAGUACAGUCUUCCCUCUGACAUUGGAUUUGCGCACCGUAACGGCCGCCACGUUUCUGCCUUCUCUCUGAACCCGACUAUACCCCGGUGUGAGAUCGGACGGACGCCGUCGGGCUAAAGCUCGAAGCAAGAGUACAAGAAAACUGGUGGAGAAGGAAGACUCGAACGAGAGCGUGGAGAGGCCGAUCUCUCUCUAGAAAAGGAAAGAAUCGAAGAAAGGAAGAUCGCGUGGCCGCCACCACCGUCGCUUCACGAUAAAAAAAGAACGCGCGGUCGAAGGGAGAGGGGGCGAAAGAAAGGAAAAGAAGGUGCGCGAGGAGAGGAGGGGGGAGUAAAAUCGGGCCAAAGUUUUAUUUCGUCGUCUCGUUGCGAGCGAGUAACGGGAAGAGGCGGAGGAGGGGCGGGUGGCGCGGCGCCGGCGUUUCGUUGCGCUGCGUAAAAAAAUCUGGAGAAGGAGCGGCGAGAUCGAUCGGGCAUCGCGUUUCCAAAACCGGUCGGCCGGUCGCCGGCCCGAACGAUCGAGCACGAUGAUCGCGCCACGUGUCGAGCACCCGCUCGUUAGGACGCCCGAUAACGAAUCCGGUCGUUGCACCGAGUGGACGGCCAAGCACCCGGCCUACGCCGCUCUCUACGACCACCCUCGGUCCACCCUCCCUUCCUGCCGAUUCGCGCGAGCACCGCCGAUCCACCAACCCUCGAUUAACUACGCCUCCCCGUUCGCGGAGAGGGCUUACCAAGUAUCUGCUGGCACGCUCGCUUACCACGCGCCCCUUCCGUGCAUGGAACCGUCCCCCGUCGAGCAACCGCAAUCUCAGUGCGGCCAGCUCCGUCAUCAAAAUGCGGGGAAGAGCUGCCAGUUGGGGCCGGUCGACGUGGAGGACCUGGCCCUGUACUUCGAGCCCGAGAAAUCGCAGCCCAGUUGCCCGUCCCGGCCGGCCUAUCGGCCAUCGAUCAACUCGUCGAAUUUUCGUCGGGCGGCGAGAUCGAUCCACGACCCGUAUCCGUCGAGCAGCGGCGAACAGUUGUCGGAAUUUGCCCCGAACGUCCCGAGCUUGCCCAUGUGCGAUUGGCUCGACGGCCAAUUUUGCAACACCUGCACGCAACACCAGUUCACUUUCUGCACGGAGGAACGAUGGCUCCAGUGCCCGGCCAGCGACCGUUGUCCCCUCUACGACGACGCUGUCUACCCCUACGGACGAAACCCCGUUCUGCCACCGUGCGUCUACGAGGAUUUGGGCAACGAGUAUCCCAGAUACGGGGACGAGCAAAUUCUCGAGGAUUAUUUGAGCAACGAGAAAAGGAAGGAGAAGUCUCGCGACGCGGCGAGAUACCGUCGAAGCAAAGAGACGGACAUUUUCACGGAUCUAGCUGCCGCUCUUCCUGUAACACCGGAACAGGCAGCUCAUUUGGAUAAGGCCAGUGUGAUGAGGCUUGCCAUCGCCUAUCUUAAAGUGCGCUCGGUGGUCGACUGCAUUCCAGGCCCGAUGACCAAAUCCGAAACGUUGAAUCAAAUGGACGAAUUAUUUUCCAAAGCUUUAAACGGAUUCAUGCUGGUGCUCUCCAGCGAUGGAAACAUGAUCUACCUGUCGGAGAAUGUGAGCGAUUAUCUUGGUAUUUCCCAGAUGGAUAUGAUGGGUCAAAGCGUGUACGAAUACAGCCAUCCGUGUGAUCACGAGGAAUUGCGGGAAUGCCUGUCCUCGAAACCACUCGAGAACAGCGAGAAACGUGCUUGCAGUUUUUUCUUGCGACUCAAGUGUACGUUGACCAGCAAAGGAAGGAAGGUCAAUCUAAAAAGCGCUUCCUACAAGGUGAUUCAUUGUACCGGUAGAUUAACAUACAUCCGCGACCCGGUAUCGAAUUCGUCGGAGAACGACGAAACGAAAAAGGACGAGGAGGGAAACGAACGGGACACUGGAGCCUCGUUGGUGCUUUUGGGGUGUCCCAUACCGCAUCCUAGCAACAUCGAGAUCCCGUUGGGACGUCACACUUUCCUCUCCAAGCAUAGCCUCAGCAUGAAGUUCACGUACGCCGACGAAAAGUUGGCUGAAUAUCUGGGUUGGAACAGCGAAGAGUUAGUGGGACAAUCCGUUUUCGAGUUCUAUCACGCCCUCGACAAUUUGGCUCUGGAUAAAUCUUUUAAAUCACUGUUCAGCAAGGGUCAAUGCGAGACGGUCGCCUACAGAUUUCUCGGGAAACGCGGAGGAUACGCUUGGGUCGUGACACAAGCCACUCUGAUCCACUGUUCCAAGCAGCAAAAACCGUUGUCCGUCGUCUGUGUAAAUUACAUUCUAAGCGGUGUGGAACGCGAGGAUGAGGUGUACAGCGCGCGUCAGCUCGCAGCACGUGACACCGAGAAGGCCGUGAAGCCGGAGGAACCGGCCGAUCCCAUCCUCGUCGAGCCUCUGCUCGCGACCAAGCUUCGUCUCCGCGUCCAGGUGAACAAUAACAACAACAGCAGCAGCAGCGACAACAACAACAAGAGCAACAAGGGUAACGAUAACCUGGAAGAAGCGACGUUGGACGGGAGCGAGGAGCGAUUCUCCCUGUCGGCCGCGCAGCAACCGGAAAUUGGUAUCGACUCGUUCGAUCGCGCGAAGCCGUUGACAGUGACCAGCUCGACUUUCCGCGCGGCGGACAACAAGCCGAGGAGGGGUCAGGACGGCUCGCGGAAGGAUAACACCUUCCCGAGACCGGUCCAGUCAACGGAGAAAUCGUUCGUCGGCGUGGAAGCGCUGAAACAAUCUCUCGAGGAGUCAAUCAAGGAGAACAACGAGCCGAAAAAGAAGCAGCAGUGUCGCCAGCAGUCGGCCGGUGGCCGUGCUCCGUUCGAGUUCCAGGGUAAACCCGCGCUGGAAUACGAUCCGGAGACCGCUGUUCGCCAGGACAGACCGCACGUGGUCACCAGACACCUGUUCGCUUCCAUUGCCACGCAGCAACAGCAGGAACAGCAGAUCACUUGCAGACCACCGCCACAAACAGCGACUGCGAGUAUCUUCGCACCUCGUACCGAGGACAUGAACAAAGGCUUCUUGACUUUCAGCGAGGAUCAUCCAGGCCUUACGAUGCUGAAGGACGAGCCGGAGGACCUAACGCAUCUGGCGCCCACACCUGGCGACGUGUGCGUCCCCCUCGAGGACACGCCUUUCCUCUCGGAAAUGCUCGACGAGUUUAUCCUUAGUAGCGACAACUAUUGUCCCCUGCUCAGCCCGGGCGGAGCCUUGGCCCCCGAGUUGCGAUCCACGGAUUUCGGCGACCCCCUCAAGGACGCCGAGUUGGGCGACACCCCGAGAAGCAAGGACCUGGGGGAGUCGUUGGCCGACAGCGACCCGUUCAUGUACGGCGACUCGCCGAGCAGUCCUUGCAGCAUCGAUCCGACCGCCGUUUCGCCCCAGCUCGCCAAGUAUCGUCAAAGCCCGGAGAGAAGCAUAGACUCGUUGGGCAGCCCGACCGGUGGCAGCGGCGCCGACGGUUUGUCGGAGGACGAGAUGCUGAUGCUGGGAUUGAACGACAGCAUAGCCGACGACGAGCUCGAGUUGAGGGCUCCUUACAUACCGAUGUCGGACCAAGACGAGGCGUUGGAUCUGCUCAUCAGCAACGAUAUGGUGAUGUGGAGCCCGCCCCAGACGACGGAUCAGAAGAACGGUCUGAAAUGGAUGUUGGCGGAGAAGGAGCAACGAACGUCGGAUUCCAGUUUGGCGCAGCUUUUGAAGACGGAUCAGGUCGUCUCGAGAAAGUACAACGACCACGGCGGGGGUUUGGUGAAUCCGGUUCAAGUUCUCGGCCAAAUCCCUAGAAAAAAUAUGAAUCUAGAUAACUGCCAUUGGUCCUCCAAAGUGGACAGACCAACGAAGCGUAUUCACACUGCCUCGAUAGACGUAGGGAACGACAAUAAACGUAUCAAAUGCGACGAGUCCACGAAGCCGCGCAGCUGCCAUCUAGGACUGGAGGAUCACCUCUUGGCCAAACAACAACGACAACAACAACAACCGUCUUCGAGGAAGUGCUCGUCCUCGAGCCUCGGCAACAGUCAACUGCUGCGCCGCCUGGUGUCGCAUCAGAACGCUCUGCGAAACAACAAUUUCGGGAACGAGUCGUUGGAGGGAGCGGCGAACGGGCGGCAGAGUCGGCUAGACUCGGAGCUGGACGCGUCGCAGGACGGGGAAGGAGACGGGGGCGGUGGCGACAGUGGCGACGGCGGCGGAAGAAAAGCCGAGGGGAAGGAGAGCGGGAGGUGCGGUCGGGACGGCGUAGAGAGCGGCGUAGACGCGAUCGGUCAGAUCCCACAGCGGAAUCCAGCGUGCAACAGCGUGCUAAUGAAUCUCCUGGUGUCCGGCUGCGACGUUGUUCAGGAAAACUUGAUGGAGUCGCGGAACGUGCCCACCAUGUACCCGAAAAUACCCCUGAUGUCCCCGCUGUCGGUGAACCUGGAGAAUCAUCAAAUGGUGCCCCAGUGCCCGGAUUCCAGAGGAUCGUCCUGCUCCUCGUACGACCAACUGAGCCCAGCCACGAGGAAGCAGAUGCCCGGCAACGCGUUUAUAAACGGCGGAGGAUCGAUAGUGUCGUCCCCUUCCUCGCCGAUGAUGCCGUUCGACGCGUUCGACUACGAAACGAGCAUGUCGGUGAGCGGAUUGCUCCAAGUCGAGCCCGAUCUCUUUGGAACUCUGCUCGAUCGAAAUCUCGUGUAAAGGAUCGCGGGGAGAAAGCUUGGUUGGAAAAUACGGUGCCCGUGAAGUUGCAAUACGGAAGGAUGGAUGGAUUCGUAAAAGGCAAAAAUGAGAUGCCAAAGCGAGACGCGACUUUUUUUUUUUUUUUUUUUAAGGUACUACGUUUUAGGUACACUUUAAAGACAGUUCGGGGUUGUUGUUUCUUUUCUAUUUGACCGUGCGAGUGUCGUCCAAAAAGAUAUUGUACAUCGAUAUUUUUUCAUUGGUAUAUAAUUAUGUGCUGUUAUAAAUUUACGCCGUAUUUCGAUCCUAGAUUUUUCAUGCGAGAAGUGCCAAUGCAUUUUUAGGAUGUUAGUGUUUAAGUAUGUAGUAUAUAAAGUAUAUAAAGAAAAUAAGGAAGGAAGGAAGGAAGGAAGAAAGAAAGGUUCUGCUAUCGUAGCGCCGUUUUGCGAUACAUAUAUAUAUAUAUAUAUAUUUAUAUAUAUGUAUAUAUAUAUACACAUACCUGACAUUCGGUUGACUAUAAUAGAGCAUAAUUCCUCCUCUAAUCCAAUAAUGAUUUUACAGUCAAACGAACAAGAUAUUCGAGUGGCGCGUUUCGGAUCGAUUCGGAUUGAUCGGUUAAGAGGAUGAAAAUGAGGAAGGGGAUGAGGAAGGGAUCGAUCAUCUCGAGGAUUAUUGUGUUAUUGUUGGAAGCGAGAGAAAUAAUUAAUAAUAAGAUAAAGAGCGGUGGAUGAGAGAGGGGAUGAACACGCGUAGCAUUCGUUUGCAGCCGAUUCAUGUAUAUCGGCGAUUGAUUUCUGACGAUCCGUUCGCGAUAACGAUAAUCAUGUACACGUUUAUUGCGAAUUCUCAUCGUUGUUGUUACUGUUUUUUAUAGUUUUUAACGAAGCCAAUCCGAGUAUCAGUUGUUAUUAUCAUAUUAUUAUUAUUAUUAUUAUUGUAUUAUUAUGAUUUAUCGUUUUGUGCACGUAUUUUAAGAAAUAUUACAAAUUCUAACGCAGUAUAUAUUAUAUAUUAUAUUAUAUAUAUAUAUAUUUUUACUUAUUCACUUAUUGAUACAACUACUGUAAUCGUGUAAUUUUAUUACUUUAAUAUCACUGUAUUUUUAUUAUUGUAACAUCUAUGAUUAUUAAUCCUAUCUAUCCGCAUUACAGUGCUGAUAUAGAUCGAUAUUACGAUACGAGAAAAGAAAAGUUAUGAAUAAAUAAAUAAAUAAAUAAAUAAAUAAAUAGUCUUUCUAAUA